CAAUCAUCUCUUUUUAUAAGCCAGAACCUCAGCGAUAUUUUAUGUUUAAAAGGGACUUCAUAGUUUUUUUUUGCGUUUUAGCAACGUGAAAUAGAAGCGAAGAGUGGUAGUGGAAUUCCUUUCAAGCCUCUAUUCCUUCAGUUCUCUACUUCGCUAGUAUUCACCAGGAGCUUAAUUCUUAUUCUGCUCGGGGGCUAAAAUUUAGAAAUGUUCCGUGUGUGUGGUCUAGCGCAGGCUGAGGUAACGACAGUUAAAGGCAAUAUUGCUUCCGUCGCGGGGCGAUUAAUUCGAAUUCGAAAAAAAUCUAAGUGGAUUGAUCGCCGAAGUACCCGCAUCCCGAACAACGGAAAAGAUGUCUGGAAUUUUGGCGAGCAGCCGAGCUGUGCGCUCUGCCACGUUCGCUUUCGAUAUAAACAAGAUUACGAAUCUCACAAGGAUAGCGAGCUCCAUCAAAACCGCCUGCGGUGGGUGGAGACGAUGAGCUGGUGGAAGGAAACCGGUGAACCGUCCUAUUUGAAGGAAGGCGAGAAAAAUUGGGAAUGGUUUAGGACUAAAGUUCUUCCCAAUAAAGCUAAAGAAAUGGGCUGCACUGUGGAUGAGGCGACCCGUAUAUUUCGGCAGGCGAAGAUGGUCGAGACGCCGACAUGGCAUCGCUUUUUGCAAUACCCAAAGGCCAAGGAAGAAAUUGUCGAGCCGCGUGAUCAGCGCUGGCCAUCAUCCCCGAAGUGGUGAGCGAUAUACUCCAUUUUUAUUCUGUUUACUUGCUUUACCUUUGACAACCUUAUAUAUCUUUAACGAAUAAGAAGAGAGAGGAGGAGAGUACUGCCGUAAACUUAACGAUCUGUACCGUGUAUGAUGUGGUUGAGAAGUGCGCAAAGCGUUAGGCGCCCUUUCCGUCGAUCGUGAUCCACCCCCAAACUCUUUCCCGUCGAGAAAACGUGUGCGAUUCUCUCUUUU